GGCAGGGCCGACGAGGGGAAGCUUAACGGGCCGCGGCUGCCGGGGCCGGGCGGUACCACUGCGGGAGGGGGGGGCGAGCCGGGCCGGGCGGAACCAUGCGGAGGCGCUGGUAGGGGGGCGCGGGGAGGGGGUCGGUCGGGUCCGCCAUGGCCGCCAAUUGCGCGGGGGCUGCGGGGACGGCGGCGGGAGCCGUGGCUGCCGUGGGCUCGGCCCUGAGCGCCAGCAAGACCAAGACCAAGAAGAAACACUUCGUGUGCCAGAAGGUGAAGCUGUUCCGGGCCUCGGAGCCGCUGCUCAGCGUCCUUAUGUGGGGGGCGAACCACACGAUCAAUGAGCUCAGCAACGUUCCCGUCCCUGUCAUGUUAAUGCCCGAUGACUUUAAAGCCUACAGUAAGAUUAAGGUGGACAAUCAUCUAUUCAACAAGGAGAACCUGCCAAGCCGCUUCAAAUUCAAGGAGUAUUGUCCCCUGGUGUUCCGCAACCUCCGGGAGAGGUUUGGGAUCGAUGACCAGGACUACCAGAACUCGGUGACACGCAGCGCCCCGGUGAACAGCGACAGCCAGGGCCGCUGCGGCGCGCGUUUCCUCACCACCUACGACAGGAGGUUCGUCAUCAAGGCCGUGUCCAGCGAGGACGUGGCAGAGAUGCACAACAUCCUCAAGAAGUACCACCAGUUCAUCGUGGAGUGCCACGGGAACACACUGCUGCCCCAGUUCCUGGGCAUGUACCGGCUCACCGUGGACGGGGUGGAGACCUAUAUGGUGGUCACCAGGAACGUCUUCAGCCACAGGCUGACCGUGCACAGGAAGUACGACCUGAAGGGCUCAACAGUAUCCAGGGAAGCAAGUGAUAAAGAGAAGGCCAAGGAUCUCCCAACGUUCAAGGACAAUGACUUCUUGAAUGAGGGUCAGAAGCUGCAUGUUGGAGAAGAGAGUAAAAAGAACUUCCUUGAGAAGCUGAAGCGGGAUGUGGAGUUUUUAGCCCAGCUGAAGAUCAUGGAUUACAGCCUGCUGGUGGGCAUCCACGACGUGGACAGGGCUGAGCAGGAGGAGAUGGAAGUGGAGGAGAGGGCAGAGGAUGAGGAGUGCGAGAACGAUGGGCUGGUGGGGGGGAACCCCAUCUCCUCCUAUGGGACCCCCCCCGACAGCCCUGGCAACCUCCUCAACUACCCCCGGUUCUUUGGGCCCGGGGAGUUCGACCCCUCCGUGGAUGUGUACGCCAUGAAGAGCCACGAGAGUGCCCCCAGGAAGGAGGUUUAUUUCAUGGCCAUCAUUGACAUCCUCACGCCCUAUGACACCAAGAAGAAAGCUGCACACGCUGCCAAGACAGUGAAACACGGGGCCGGGGCUGAGAUCUCCACGGUGAACCCCGAGCAGUACUCGAAGCGCUUCAACGAGUUCAUCUCCAGCAUCCUGACAUAGGGUCACAUCCUGCUGCAGGCCUGGGGGCUCCUGCAGCCUGGGGGCUCCUGCAACCUGGGACAGCACAGACACUGCAGCAGCACCGAGGCACACCUGUGGCACGUGUGGGGCACGUGUGGCACCAUGUGACAAAACCCAUCCUCAUCCGUGCCGCACCCGCUGCACCUCUGGGUUUGGUGUUCCAGAAGUGCCCCGAUCUCAGAUUUGAGGGCUUUUCCAAACAAGCCAAGUGCAUUGUUCCAGCACUGCUACUGCUCUUUCUGCCCAGUGACGUUUUCUCCUCUCUGCUGAGGGGCUGGGACACAUGUGGCACUGUCCCCAAGGGGUCAAGUUCAGCAGUGCCUGACUCACAAACCACUCCUUGUUUUUUGUGUUGUUGUUGUUGUUGUUUUAUUGGACUGGCUUUGCCAGAAAAAGAAAAAAAAACAAACCCUUUUAUUUCCCUCUCGGUAGGAAUUGGAAGGAAAGUAGCUCACCAUUUCAAGGAUGGAAAAUAUAACUGACAAAAAGGAGGAGUCACUGAACU